AUGCCUGCAUCAGCAGUAAAUAAAAGUGAAAACAAUGAACAAAAACAAUCUACAUUGAAAAAUAAUGAUAAUCAAAGUAAACCUGACAUUGGCGCUAAUAUCAUUCUUAUUGGAGCACCCGGCAGUGGUAAAGGUACACAAAGUGUUGGAUUAGCAGAACGCUAUCAAAUUUGUCCGAUAUCAACAGGGGAUUUACUUCGUCAUGCAACUCAAGAUAAAACAUCGGAAGAAGGCCAAAGAAUUCGGCGAGCAAUGGAGGCUGGUGGACUUGUUGAUGAUAAAACAGUCAUGAAAUUGAUUGACCAAAACUUAAAUAAACCUGAAUGUCGAAACGGAUUUUUAUUCGAUGGCUUUCCUCGAACGAUCUAUCAAGGGGAACAACUAGAACAAUUACUUGAAUCAAGACAACAACGAAUCGAUGCCGUUUUGGAAUAUGCUAUUGAAGAUGAUUUAUUGAAACGUCGUAUUCUUGGUCGACUUAUUCAUAAACCAUCAGGUCGAACUUAUCACGAAGAAUUUCAUCCACCAAAACAACCAAUGAAAGAUGAUGUUACAGGAGAAACUCUUGAACGUCGUUCUGACGAUACUAAUGAAACGCUCAAUGCUAGAUUAAAUACUUACCAUAGUCAAACAAAGCCAUUGAUUGAUUUUUAUCGUAAGAGACAUGUUCAUCGUUCAAUAGAUGCGACACAACACGUCAGUAAAGUAUUGAAGCAAUCAAUUGAAAUAGUCGAUCAUUUUCGUCAACAACCAACUUAUAAACUAUCAGAAGUUAUCGUAGAAAAAGCUCAGAAUGAGGAUGAUUUAAAUACAAAAUCAAAACAAAUAACAAAUCAAGCUGAUGCCGAAAAACGCCUUAGUAAUAAUUUUCUAUCCAUAUAUAAUUCAGUGACAUCGGUAUUACGUGAACGUGGUAUUAUUUAA